GUGUUUCUAAAGAAAUCCUUUUAUCCGACGCCUGAGCAGUCGGACAAUAAAAACAUCAAUGAACAACUGUCCUUGAAAAAGACGAAAGUGACGCAGUAUGUCCGGCGAAUAGAACCUCCAUCUUCUAGAAGAAGCAGCGAUGCUGCUCCAAGCAGUCCUCCUUCACCUAUCGUCUGGCGCGAAACCAAAUUUGACUACGCUUUCCUACGCUAUUCUCUG